AUGUCUGACAACCAACAAAAUAAGAGGAGAAGCAAAGAAGGCUGUGGAAGUGUUGCUGCUCUUCAGAAUGCAGAUAAUAUUAUGAAAGAAAUGCACCAGUCAUACAAAGCUCUAGGAAACAACAGUCAAAUAGCACCACCAUCCAGACCAUGGCCAGAUCAACAGGUGGCACAUUUUUCCAGGAAAAAUCAGUUAGCAUUACAGAUGAGACAUCACACUUACUUACCUUUCUUCCCGAAGAAAAAGAAUGAAGGCCAUGGCUUUGACUUCAGCUUUCUGCUACAGGCCUCCUGCCCGGAAGCUAACAUUUCAAAAUCGUUUGUGGAUUUAGAUGCUUUUCAGAUAAUGAAAGCACAAAUACAACAAAGGUUAAAUGUAACAAUGCUAAAAACCAGGAGCAAGAGAUCUGAGUUUCAUUUGCCACCGGUGACAUUUCAUCCUGUAAGAACAAUUCAUCUUGCUCCUCUAGAGGAUAAUAUUGUCAAUGAAAGCAGCAACAUCGGAAACACUUUGAAUAUUAUGAACUCUCUUCCUCAGCCUAUAAAACCAGUUACUAAAUUUUAUCAGUAUCAGAUAGACAAUCUGUUAAAAAUGAAUGCUGAAAAGUCAUCAGACCUGAUUGUGGCUACGAUUUCUAAGUUCACUCCAGUGAAAGACCUGUACUACCUCAGCAUGAGUAACUACUAUAAGUACCUUAGCAACAAGAAAGAAGAAAUUCAAGGCAAUUUAAAAUGGAGGGAAGCUGAUUUAGCUACUGAUACUGAAAAGAAUGCCCAGGUGAAGUACCAGUUUUCAGUGAGUUGUAAGAAUGUAGAUCUGAUGACCCAAGCCAGUUUGUAUGAUGAUAGUCAUCCCUCCUUGAGCUCAAGUAAUGAUCUGAUAAACUGCAGGAUAUUUACAGCUCAGACAGCAUGUACAAUGGAUUUGAGAGUGGGCAAUGAGGGAAGAAGAGCAGAGAAUUCCUGUAGAACUGGUCUAGAAGAAGGAAAUGCUGCAGAGAUGAUACAGGAUUAUAGACCACAUGAAGAUGCUGAGAGGGCAAAUUUUGUACUUGACAAUUAUGAUCUAGAUUCUCUGUGUAAAAAGGAAGUGAUAGGGGCCUACUAUGCCUUAGAAGAUAAUUCUGUAGAUGCGGUAACCCCCAGAGUAGAAGUGCAAGAUCCUUCUGGAAAACAGACAGAAAGUAAUGUUUAUCUCUCUGAAUGUGAAAUGGAAAGAGAAGCAAUGUCAGAAGCAUCUUCAAAACACCAAAGUGAGCUUGUACCUGUUGUUCAUGUUACAUUCUCUGAACAAGAACCAGCUAGGGAACCAUGCAUUGCUAAAGAGCCUGCCGUGAAAAAGAGUGUCAUUCAUAGCGUGCCUCCUCAUGUUACUCAGAGCUUCAAGACUCUUGCUUGCAAAGAAAAUGACAAAAGUAAAGUAAAGAUGAAUAGAAAUAAAUAUGCAUCAAAAUCCAAAAUGAGUAGCAAGAUAAAGGUGUCUGAAGGCUCAGUUGUUUCUGAUGAGCUUUCCACAAAAUGUAAUACCAAGAGUCAGAUUUUUCCAUCUUUGGAACUACCACACGUGGAAUAUCACACUUCCCUGAAGCGUCAAAAAAAACCCCCUCGAGCAGACAAAGACCAUUUUGCUCAGAGUGCUCAGAAACUUAAAAAGCAAAGUUCCUCCUGCACUUGCAAAAAUUCAGUUAUCUCAAAGAAACCUGUUACUCCACCCUCUCUCCCACAUACACAGUCUUCUUCAGAUUUUGUAGAUCUGAAAUACAGUGACAUGUUUGAGAAAAUAAAUCCAAAUGAUGGAGGCCCAGGUAUUUAUGAAAUGUUUGGAACUCCUGUCUAUUCCCACAUGCGUGAGCUUGAUCAACGUGAGAACAGAUUUUAUAGAGAUACUUGUUCUGCUCCAUCUGGGAGAUGCACUGCUGGCACCUGCAGAUCUACCUGCACUAAAGUGAGACAGAGCAGCCGAGUAAGAAAUACUCAGAAGAGAAUAUACUCUAAGCCAAAGAAGACCAUACCUAACGGUAAACAAAAGCAGAAAGGCUUCAUUACAAAGGACAGAAGUGCAGAGUUGAGUGACAGCAACACGGAGCAAGAUAAUGUAAUCACUUCUGAUUCAGGUUUUCAAAUAAGCACUUCAAGGAGCAUGACAUUGUUCCAUGAAGACACAGAUCAUCAGCUUACAUUUUUAGAAGAGCUUUCAAAAACAAGUGAGAAGAAUGAAUUUUCUUCAAGUUCAAACUUACCAGCAAUUAAAGAAAUGUCUUUGGAGCAGUCUUUCGACAGUCAGGAUAUAUCCAGCCAUCAGAGAGCUGCUAGCUGUAGCCAGAAUCUUCAGUCUGGUGAUAAAGAGCACAGAGAAUGCGUUGCACUAAGUAACCGUCUGCUAACAACAGACCAGGACAUUUGUGUGCCCUGGUGCAGGGUGGAUAUGGAUGGCUGCAAAGGCCUGGAAUCUGACCAGGCCUCCUUCAAGUCCAUAGAUGAAUGUGAAGCAUUGCACUUUCCAGAUAGACUGGAGUGUCAGAACAGUGUUUUGGCAAAUGAAUUGACUCAGCCUUCUGUGACUCAGCCAAAAAACGUUAAAAGUGUCAGUUUCCAGAUGAGUCAAAGCAUUUCGUCCUGGGCAGAUGAUAAGGAUGUGACUGAUGAGUUGCUUUGUUGUCUGGCCGAAGAAUUGCUGGUGCUUGAAGAAAAAGACAUCAGCUCUUCAAGAACAAAACAUACAGGUUCUAAAAUGCAAAAUAUGUAUACUAAAGAGGAGGAAAAUAUAAUGAAUGGAGAUGGAACAAUAGUAAAGAGUGCUCUAGAGAAGAGAGACAGUAAAGCCUUUUUGGCAUCAAAUGAAGAAAGUGACCUGCUAAACUCUGAGGAAUCCACUCAGUUACCGGGAAGCAGUUUAACUAACAAAGAUCCUAUCUUGUGGACAAGAGGUGAAGUCCUUGGAAAGGGAGCCUACGGUACGGUAUACUGUGGCCUGACAAGUCAGGGACAAUUAAUAGCUGUAAAACAGGUUGUUUUGGAUACGUCAGAUCGACUCACUACAGAAAAGGAAUACCAGAAGUUUCAUGAGGAAGUCGAUCUUUUGAAGACGUUGAAGCACGUCAAUAUUGUAACUUACUUAGGAACUUGUCUGGAAGACAACAUUUUAAGCAUUUUCAUGGAGUUUGUUCCUGGCGGCUCAAUUUCUAGUAUUAUUAGUCGUUUUGGUCCAUUGCCAGAAAUCGUCAUUUGUAAAUAUACAAGGCAAAUUCUGCAAGGGGUGGCAUAUUUACAUGACAACUGUGUGGUGCACAGAGAUAUCAAAGGCAAUAACGUUAUGCUCAUGCCAAACGGGAUAGUGAAGCUCAUUGACUUUGGCUGUGCCAGGCGUUUAGCUUGGGCAAGCCUCAGCGGCACGCGGAGCGAGAUGCUCAGGUCUGUGCAUGGCACUCCCUACUGGAUGGCGCCAGAAGUUAUAAACGAAUCAGGAUAUGGGAGGAAAUCAGACAUCUGGAGCGUUGGCUGCACCGUGUUUGAGAUGGCAACAGGAAAGCCACCGCUGGCUUCCAUGGACAGGAUCGCUGCCAUGUUCUAUAUUGGGGCCCACAGAGGGCUGAUGCCUUCCCUACCUGACCGGUUCUCCAGCACCGCGGCAGAUUUUGUGCAUGCGUGCUUAACCAGAGAUCAACAUCAACGCCCUUCUGCUCUGCAGUUGCUGGAUCAUCCCUUUGUGAAAGGAAGCCAGUGA